GCGGGCGGCGCUGUCAGCGCGAGGCGGCGAGCGGAAUGCAGCGGCCGGAGGCCUGGCCACGUCCGCACCCGGGGGAGGGGGCCGCGGCGGCCCAGGCCGGGGGCCCGGCGCCGCCAGCCAGAGCUGGGGAGCCGGCGGGGCUGCGGUUGCAGGAACCUUCCCUCUACACCGUCAAGGCUGUUUUCAUCCUAGAUAAUGACGGACACCGCCUCCUAGCCAAGUAUUAUGAUGAUACAUUCCCCUCCUUGAAGGAGCAGAUGGCCUUUGAGAAAAAUGUCUUCAGCAAGACCAGCCGAACUGACAGUGAGAUUGCAUUUUUCGGGGGCAUGACCAUCGUCUACAAGAGCAGCAUUGACCUCUUCCUGUAUGUGGUGGGCUCCUCCCGCGAGAAUGAGCUGAUGCUCAUGUCUGUCCUCACCUGCCUGUUUGAGUCCCUGAACCACGUGUUAAGGAAGAACGUGGAGAAGCGCUGGUUGCUGGAGAACAUGGACGGAGCCUUCCUGGUGCUGGACGAGAUUGUGGAUGGCGGUGUGAUUCUGGAGAGCGACCCCCAGCAAGUGAUCCAGAAGGUGAAUUUUAGGGCAGAUGACAGCAGCCUGACUGAACAGAGCGUGGCCCAGGUCUCUCUGCCCAGACUAAUCCUGCUUUUAUGGAACUUCCUGCCCUCGUGCACUAACUACCUCCUGCUGUGAUAGCUAAGGCAGAGAUGGACCCAAGCCAUCCCGUGUGGAGCCCCAGGUUCUUCAGUCUGCCAAGGAACAAAUAAAAUGGUCAUUACUGAAAUGAAGGCUGUGCAUUCAGGGCUCCCUGCCCCCAGGGCAUUUCCCCAAUCCUGGCAAAAGCUGAAAGACCUCCGGAGAGGAGAGACCCCUCUGUCCCCCUAGGCUCUCCCAGAACUGACUCCUGAGGUCUCCGGCCAGGGACUCUGAGACGCAAAGAUUUGGCUUCAGAAGUGACUCACCCCUUCUCACUGCCCUGACCUGCCCCUUGGGCCAUGAGAACCAGCUGAGCUGCCUUAACUCAGACCUUAGGCAUCCUUGGCCCCAGAACCCUAAUAAACCUGCUUUGUCUCCUGUCAA